ACCGAGAUGUCUAAAAAGCAAAAUCCAAAAGAUCCGUCUGGAUUUGUUUUUGAUGUGCAGUCCAACACAGUGAUGGCCCAGGGAGGAACCUUUGAAAACAUGAAGGAGAAGAUCGGCGCGGUGCGCGCGAUCGUCCCGAACAGGAGCAACAACGAGAUCGUGCUGGUGCUGCAGCAUUUCGACAACUGCGUGGACAGAACGGUGCAAGCCUUCAUGGAAGGCAAUGCCAGUGAAGUGUUGAAAGAAUGGACUGUAACAGGCAAAAAAAAGAACAAGAAGAAGAAAACCAAGGCAAAAGCUCCAGCUGGAUCGAGCCCUGGCCUCCCAGACCCCAGUAAAUUGGUGUCCACUGAAGAGGAGCAGUCGGCAAACUCGGAGAAGGGGGGAAUUAACGGUUACCAUGUCAACGGCUGUGCCAACGACACGGAGUCUGUGGACUCGCUCAGCGAAGGUUUGGAUGCACUUUCAAUUGAUGCCAGAGAGCUGGAGGAUUGUGAAUCUGCCGCUCCAGACAUGCCUGAUAGAACAGCAGUGCCUGAACUAGAGAAUGGAAUAGCAGACUCUGACACAAAACCGCUCGUCGUGCAGCGUUCCCAGAGCCCCUCGUCCCGCAGACAGCGGCCCGAGCAGAGCGGCACUAGCAGGUCGCAGGCCAGAGCAGCAGCAAGCGGCUCCGCUCCCGCUUCCCUGGCCGUGACGCGGCUGGAAGAUGUUCCAGGUUCACCUGCAAACAAGAAGCUGGGUUCCAAUAUUGAGAAAUCGGUGAAGGAUCUGCAGCGUUGCACCGUGUCGCUGGCGCGGUACCGCGUCGUGGUGAAGGAGGAGAUGGACGCCUCCAUUAAGAAGAUGAAGCAGGUCUUUGCUGAACUGCAGAGUAGCCUCAUGGAUCGCGAGGUGGCCUUGCUGGCCGAGAUGGACAAAGUGAAAGCCGAAGCAAUGCAAAUCCUCGUCGGGAGGCAGAAGAAGGCCGAGGCCCUGAAGAAGCUGAGCGACGUGGCCGCUUUCCAGGGGCCCAGGAGACCAGGACAAGGGGCCCGUUCCCAGGGCCAGCGCCACCCCGGCCCCCCGGCCCCUGGGCGCUCCCACGGCGCGAGCCGGCACCGACCCCGCGGCAAGCAGCAAAAUCCCCCCCUGCAGCCUCCUCCCGGCGAGGCCGGGGCCUCCUCGGCCUCGGGCUGCCCCUUCCCCUCUGCCCCCAGCACAGAAACCCAGGGGCUCCCCCAGCGCAAACCCCGCGCGGGCCCCGGCCGGGGAGCCAACUCCUGA